AUGAAAAGAGGACGACCACCAAAUAAAAGGUUGAAAAAGUUGGGGAAUUUCUUCAAAAGUCACAAAGCUGAUGAAGACCAGGUUGCAAAAGAACUUGAACCUGAACCUGAACCUGAAGGACCUGAGGGGUCUGGUGUAUGUGUCUUAGAAGUUCAAUCUGAACAAAAUGUGAAUCUGAUGACUUCCAACAAACUCAUUAGAUGUGCGAAGAUAAGGGCUCUGGAGAUAAUUUCAGAUGUAAGUGCUCAAAUAAGUCAGUCUAUGGUGGAAGAAAAGGUAAAUUAUUUUGAGCAAAGAAGAAUGUCAGAAGACAGUCAGGUUCGUGCCACUCGCCUUGAGGAACAGCGAAAAAGAGACGCCAACCGCAGGGCUGCCGAGGAGGAGGGCAAGCGAGCACGACGCCUCGAAGAACUCAGAGAAGCAGCCACUAUCCGCAGAGCCGCCGAAGAAGAAGACGAGCGUGUUCGACGCCUGGAAGAACUGCGGCAAACAGCCGCUAUCAGCAGAGCCGCCGAGGACGAAGACGAGCGAGCACGACGCCUCGAAGAACUCCGACAAGCAGCCACUAUCCGCAGAGCCGCCGAAGAAGAAGACGAGCGUGUUCGACGCCUGGAAGAACUGCGGCAAACAGCCGCUAUCCGCAGAGCCGCCGAGGACGAUGACGAGCGUGUUCGACGUCUUGAAGAACAGAGGCAAAUAGAUGCCAACCGCAGGGAUAAUGAAGUGGUAGACGAGCGUGCUCAACGCCUUCUAGAACAGCGUCGUCGUACAGCUGAAAUACGACAGAAUUCUGAGCGCAAUCAACUUCAAUCCUAUAAAGCCGCUGCCUCAAGCCUCGUAGAGUACAACAAUUUGGGAAUGUUUGACAUUGCAUGUGUUCAUUGUGGUGCUGUUCAUUUUUUAAAAGAGAGAGUGCAGAACAGAAUUCACCCUAAUUCGUUUGGUGACUGUUGCCUUCAUGGUCGCAUUGAACAACCUGCGCCCGAGUUUCCCAAUGAAUUGGCAUUGCUGUACACUAAACAACACAGACUAGCCAAACAGUUCCACGAUAAAAUUCGAAAUAUUUCUGCCUGUUUUGCUUUUUCUUCAUUCAAUGUUGCUGAUGACAGGACUUUCAAUAGUAAAGGUAUUUAUACAUUUACUGCUGGUGGACAAGUGUAUCACAAGUUAAAUUUGGCGGCUCAGCCAGUCAGUAACAGUGAGGGUGAUUUGGAAAGACCUAGAUAUGGCCAAAUGUACUUCAUUGAUCCGGAAACAGCCGUUGCAGAACGUAUGAAUGAACCAAUGAAUCAAGGCAUCAAUCAAGAACUAAUACAGAUUUUAGAGGAGAUAAUGAGAAGUCAAAACCCAUUUUCACAGGCUUUUACGAUGAUGAGGGAGAUAGUUGAGGAAAACAAUCAGCGUGCUGAAGCUCUUGGUGUCCAACCACCACACGUCCACCUGGUGUUUGCUGAACGUGCAGGCGAUGAUCCCAGGAGAUUCAACUCACCAACUUAUAAUGAAGUUGCUGCUGUAAUUACAUUAAAUGCAGACCAAAGUAUCCCGGAAAAUGAGAUGGUUAUUAAGGAGCGAGGAAAACAGUUAAUAACGCUCAAGAACAUUGACAGCCGAGUAGAACCAUUCACCUACCCUCUCCUCUACCCAAAAGGAACUUUUGGGUUUACUGUAGGGCUUCCUCUUAAAACACCUUAUGCAAGCCGUGCACACAUGACGAGGAUGGAGUUGGCUCAAUACAGGUUAGCCUUUCGUCCAGAACAAGCCAAGGCUCUUCCUCCUGAACCAUUGCUAGAGGGAUUAGAUCUAAGGUCGAUUGGAUUUAAUGCUCUCCACUUUGGUGGUAGACUGUUUCAACAGUACGUCGUGGACACAUACAUCCGUGUUGAACGUGAUCGUAUUCAGUGGAUCAAAUAUAACCAAAAGAAACUUCAAGCUGAUCAGUAUGCAGGAGUAACACAUUUUCUAAAUGAAUUGGCUGAAAAGAAAAAUGCUACAGUUGCUGAAAAACUGAUUUUACCAUCAUCUUUUCCCGGAUCAACGAGAUAUUUCACUGAACACUUUGAAGACGCUAUGGCAAUUGUCCGAAGGUUUGGCUCUCCAGACUUUUUUAUCACAAUAACGUGCAGUCCAACAUGGCCAGAAUUAAAAGAAGCUGCAUGUAUUGAGCUCUCUGAUGGUUCUAAACUACAACAGUUCGCCCAAGAAAGACCUGACAUUGUGGCUAGGGUAGCCAAAUUGAAAUUUGACAGCAUAGUUGAAGAUAUCAGUAAGAAACAGAUUUUUGGGAAGUCUUCUGCUUUUGUUUACACUAUAGAAUUUCAAAAACGAGGAUUACCCCACCUACAUCUUCUUGUCAUCAUGGCAAAUGAAGACAAACUCCGGUCUCCAGAGGAAGUAGACACUUUCAUUUCGGCAGAAAUUCCUAAUGAUGACCCAGUUCUAAGGGAGUUGGUCCUCAAAUGGAUGAUUCACAAUCCAUGUGGCGAACUUAAUCCGUCUGCAUCAUGUAUGGAGAAUAAGGGUGGAUCAGCUAAAUGCCGCUUUGGAUUCCCCAAAGCUCAUCAAGAGUUUACGUCAAUUGUUGACAACAAAAAACCGAAUUAUAAGAGACGGUAUGACCCACAACUGGAUCCAAAUAACCCAGAAUUUUCUCACGUCCAUGCGGUGUACCGCAAAAACAGUGAUGGACAAAAAGUUACACGGGACAAUAGACAUGUUGCUCCAUACAAUGGCUAUUUACUGAAGAAAUACAUGUGUCACAUAAAUAUCGAGUAUGUUGGUAGUGUUAGAGCCGUUAAGUACCUCUAUAAAUACAUUUAUAAAGGGCAUGACUGCGCAAAUGUAAAAAUUGUUGAAAAUGUGGCCCGAAUAAUGUAUAAUGAAGCAGAAACAUUUGUUGAGGCACGUUAUAUUUCGCCCCCUGAAGCAUGUUGGAGGCUGGCUGGAAAUGAAAUCCAAAGGAAAAGCCAUUCGGUGCAACGUUUGGACAUCCAUCUAGAAGGUCAGUACCGUGUGGGAAACAUGGAACAGACACAAGAAGAUGUAGCGGACACUGGCCUGAAAGGGUCCACCUUAGAGGCGUACUUUAAACACAACUCUAAACUUCAUAUAGAAGAAGAGAAUGGGAAUGAAGUAAUCUACUACUUCUACUGGCAGAUGCCAGAAAAGUACAAAUGGUUAGGCAAAACAAGUGAAUGGGUGGUACGACAGCGAAGCUCAAAAACUAUUGGAAGGAUCCACACCGUGAACUUGGUGGCCCAACCUGAACUUUAUCACUUGAGAAUGCUCCUCUUUCAUACCAAAGAUGCCAAAAGUUUUGAAGACCUUAAAUUUGUAAAUGGGACUGCCUAUUCCACUUAUAAACAAGCAUGCCUGGCAAAAGGCCUUACAUAUGAUGACCAGCAAUGGAUUGAUGGGCUGCGGGAAUCCGCUUUGUCAAAGAUGCCGAGUGUCAUGAGGACACUCUUUUGUCAAAUCUUGAUUCUCGGAUCACCAGAAAACCCUAAACGUCUCUGGGAUAUGUUUAAGGACGAGUUGGCAGAAGAUUUUCUUAGAGAAGCAGAGAUUUCUGGAACCCCUCUAGAAGAUGCUUACAACAGAGCAUAUAGAAUCAUAGCUUACAAGCUAAAUACUGAAGCUACAGAAGGACGCAACUUCCGUUUUUGGGUAGAGAACUAUGGAAUGGAUGAUAUUAACGACUUCGAGAUGAAUGAGGAGGUUUUUAACGUAGGGCAAUCUCAUGAAAUUGGCCAUCGCCUCUACAACAACCUCAAUGAUAAACAGAAGGAAUUUGUUGAUGCUGUCAUCCAAACACUUGAUGAUGAGAGUUCAGGACCAAAAUGUUUCUUCCUUGAUGGACCUGGAGGUACAGGGAAAACAUUUGUCUACAAUACCUUGUACCACCUCUGCCGAAGUCGAAACAUCAUUGUUAAAUGCAUGGCAUUUACAGGCAUUGCAUCCAUACUUCUGCCAGAAGGACGCACAACCCACAAGACAUUUGGUCUUAAAGUUCCUUUGACUAAUGAUUCAAAAUCAUCAAUCAAACGUGGAUCUUCAAAAUUCAAGGAAUUGGAAGCAGUCAACAUGUUCAUGAUGGAUGAAGCACCAAUGCUUCCUAAAUACGGUCUUGACUGCAUGGACGAGCUCCUUCGUGAUCUAGGUGACAGGAACUCCCCAUUUGGCGGGAAAAUAAUGAUUUUAGGAGGAGAUUUUCGACAGUGUCUACCGGUCCAGCCAAGGGCAAAUCGUACCGAACUUCUAGACCUUUCCAUCAAGAAAAGUGUUCUCUGGAGGUACUUCAGGGUUUUCUCUCUGGAACAAAAUAUGAGAGUUGAUGCGGAAGAGGAGUGCUUUGCUAGGUACCUACUGAAACUUGGAAAUGGAGAGCUUGAUACCAACGCUGAUAGUGAAAUUGAACUCCCUAAUGACAUCAUCACUAAUACUAAUGACAUUGUUAACGAGAUCUAUGGAGAAUGUCUCUCCGACGGAAACUUUGAGGACAUGAAGGAUCGAGCAAUUCUUGCACCCCUAAACAAGGACGUCGACACAAUUAACAACACCGUUAUCAAUUUAAUUCCUGGAACCGAGACCAUUUAUAAAAGUUACGAUUCAAUUAAAGAUGAACCAGAAGGUGCCUUAAAGUUCCCCCCAGAAUUCCUAAACUCUAUCGAGAUUUCAGACCUACCACCACACCAGCUCAGACUAAAAAGUAAUACCAUUAUCAUGCUCCUUCGUAACCUUGACGUCUCAGAGGGUCUGUGCAAUGGCACUAGACUGAUAGUUACAGCACUCUGUCCUAACAUAAUAAAAGCCAAGAUCAUCACUGGUGAACACUCUGGCCGAGACGUGCACAUACCGAGAAUCACCCUUGAUUCAUGCAAGUCUCAGCUAGGGUGUUCACUACAAAGACACCAAUUCCCUAUUCGUCCAGCCUUUGCGAUGACAAUACAUAAAUCGCAAGGGCAAACAUUUAAAUAUGUCGGCGUCGUGCUACAAACGCCUGUAUUCAUGCAUGGCAUGCUAUACGUUGCAUUUUCAAGGGUAAAGCGUAGAAGUGCAUUGAAAGUGGUGGUACCGCCAGAAACAGGUGGUCGCACACGCAACGUAGUGUGGACCGAAGUUUUUAAUUGAUUUGGUUCGUGCAUUUGAGAAAAGACUUUUGUUAUAUUAUGAAAUUCUAUUUUUCUUGCACUAUUUUUUAUUUGUUUUGUUGUAAACAU